UGGAUAGGGGCAUUUAUCAAUGGUUAAAAGGGGCACAUAAGAAAAGAUGAAGGGGCACUUACAACAACAAAAAAUAGUAGCAGUAUCUGAAGUAAAAUUGUGGGUACUCGAAAAAGUGGGGGGACUAUGCCUCCAUCCACCCACGUAUCCAGGACCGCGGCUGCUGGGACUGUUAUUAUUUCGGAUUAAAUCAAUACAUCUGAACUUAUAGAAUACAAUUAAUUCUAAAUAACUUUAGAAGUUUUCUCACCCUUAUAUUUCAUCUUUACCACAGUUUAGUUCUAUCUUUCUGUAAUUUCCCCCCUUCAUUGGAGAGGUUUUCUCUCUUGAGCAAAAUUUAUUGCAUAGCGCCAUCUCCAGUGCAUAUUUGUAAAGGGUUAGCGCGCGGCGCCGAAGUUCAAUAUGCCCUGGCUUCAAUAAUUGUAAACAAAGUUGCUGUUAAACCUUGUUGUAAGAGACAAUUCAUAUUCAUGUAAACGAAGAACUCAACCUACAAGUCUGUCAAACCAAACUCGCAAUGAAUGGAGCUGUUAUAACAGGUACUCCGAUAGCGGUUGAUUAUUGGCGACGCAAUAAGUCUCCUUCCAGCAAAGUGUUCUUCUUGUCCCAUGCCCACUCUGACCACACCAGCGGUCUUUCUUCAACAUGGCGAUAUCCAAUUUACUGCUCAGAGGUCACAGGCAAGGUCGCGGUUGCCAAGUGUGGGGUGAAGCAUUCACUCAUCAAAACCCUGUCGGUAGGAAACGGGCACAUCAUUCCACUGGAUGAGACCGGCAAGGAAACCAUGACUGUCACUCUUAUCGAUGCAAAUCACUGCCCUGGUGCGACCAUAUUCUUGUUUGAAGGUUACUUUGGACGUUUCCUCUACACGGGGGAUUUCCGUUUCCAUCCAUGUAUGUUUUCUAACACAGUCCUUGGGUUGAAUCGUCCAGUGGAUAGACUGUACCUUGACAACACCUACAACAGUCCAGAAAACAACUUCCCAGGAGAAGAUGAUUGCAAGGUAAAGAUCAUGGAAGUUCUAGCCGACUACCCUUACUCAAAUGUUGUACUUGGUAUGCACCAGCUUGGAAAAGAAGACCUCUUGAUGGAUAUUGCAGAGUUCUAUGGAGAGAAGAUUCAAGUGACCCCUGAAAGAAUGUCAAUUAUUGAGCUUCUGGAUUGCAAAGAUGUCUUCACCACUUCUGAGGCAAGGAUCAGGGUUAUACCAGUACACACUAUUACCUAUGGCGCAGUAGAGCAGUGGAAUAGUGAGUUUCCAACUAUUGUCAUCAUCCCAUCAGCUAUCUUUAGAUCUCAACGUAGGAGUCGCAUCGCAAAUCAUCCCAGUGUCUUCAUUAUUCCGUAUUCUAGUCAUUCUUCAUACAAUGAGUUGAUUCGGUUUGUGACGCAGGUUAGGCCCAGGAAGGUCAUUCCCAUUGUGCAACCACCGCCGUCUAAACCAUCAGAAGCAGCCCUCGCCGACAUGAGUAACUUUGAUCACUAUCUGGAUCCAACCCCACCCACUCUAGUUACCAUUCCAUCUUCUGUACAAACAUACAUGAACUCCCACCUGUCAGUGCCCGGGGAAGUGAUGAGACCAUCUCUUAGAAAAAGACAGUCCAUAACGUUUGAGAGAUGUGUUUCAAAGAUUGCGAAAGGUGUUGUGUUUGAAGAUGCAAAUGACGAUGACAGCGACUCUGAAGAGAACUCAAAAGGAAACGGCACCAACAGUGAUUGUUACAAAGAUUGUGUUGGAACAGAGCUUGAUGAGGAAGCAGAUAAGAAUGAGGAGGAUGUUGCAAAGUCUAUUUGGGAUGUGAGCACUUGCUCUGAAACUGCAGACGUAUUUGAUAAGCUUGACAGAUUGAAGGACAAGCUAUCUGUGCAGGUUACUGAGAAAUUCAAGGACCGGGAUCAGGAACCUGACCUUGAAAAGGACACCCAGGAUAAUGAGCCCAAAGUAAAAUCCCCAAAAUGGCAGGUUUGUCCUGAAACAUUCUACAACAAGCCUGAGUGGAUAAGGCGAUCUCCCGGGAAGAAGUCACAUCAUGUUUGCAACCAUGCUCAGUCUGGGAAGUCUUGUCUGUGCAAGUAUAUAGUAGUCAAGGAACCUAAAGAAGACCCAACUUCUGUUAAUAUUUGGGAUAACUUGCCAAGUAGCAGUAAAACUAAGGGUAAGACCAAUGAAACAGUUGGUGACUGUGGCAGAAGUGCGACAACCAAUGCUGGUAUUGUUGCAGAUGAACCAUGUGCCUCCACAAGUGAAGAAUCCGCCAACAUGCCAAGGAACUCCAAUGUUCAUGAAGGUAGACUAAAGAGGAAAGUUCCCAGCAUUAUGUCAGUAGACUAUAGUUCAAGAAAAGACUAUAAUAUCAAGUGUUAUUCUGCAAUUCAACACUUUUACAAGAAAGGGAAGUCAAGUAACAUUGCUGCUACAUGUUGAUAAUAAAUACAUCUCAUUUGUUAUCAUACUGAAACGUAUAUAAGCUUAAUAUGAAUGGUUGAUAGAGUAUCCUACAAUUGUGAUGAAUGAAGUAACAACAUGGAGUAGCCGAGUAGGCUACAACACAGUGUAUAUGUGAACGAUUUAUUACUUUCAUUACUGUUACAUUUACAUGUAUGAGUGUGGGAGCAACACACUGGUAUGUUCCUUUAAUUUACCUAUGCCGUAUUAGUGACUAAACUGAUAUAAUUGUAUAACAAGGUAUUCAAAUUUAUUAAGUUUUAUUGCCUCAGAAAGUGUAAAUAUAAUUAGUAUUUAUUUCUAAUUGAUAUAUAUAUUUUUUUUUAUUAUUAAAAACUGAGAAUACAUGUACUUCAUAUUUUAUAUCUUUAUCACAGUUCAGUUAUGUGAAGGAAUUUGAGAUUUGAUUUCUACAAAUUCUGAUAUUCAAAGCACUAUGGUACAUGAUCAAAUUUUUUCAGUAAGUAAACAUUCAAAGUAUGGCCUAGUUAAAGGGGAAGUGAAUCAAUUGGAACCACUUUUUUCAUAUCUGUCCUUAGUUAGAAAACUAGGUUUUUACUUUGUAGACUAAAAUUAGCCCAAAUUUUCUGUCUCUUUCGUUCCUUAAGCCUCUUAUUUAGGUAGGGUCGGCUCCUCUCUUUAGAGGAGCUGACCCUACCCAAAUAAGAGGCUUAAUGUACCAAAGAGACAGAAAAUUCAGGCUAGACCAAAAUAUGUUGAAUAACAAAGGAUAGCUACUCAAAACAGUGUGGAUCGAGGAUCAAUAAUGGUUACUGCAAAGGAUGUUUUUCUGUUAUUCCAUCUAUUUUUAGCUUGAUUGUAUUCAUCGACAGUGGCCUGCAAAAAAAAAAAGAUUGUCAUUUUGACUUUUAUAUAUCUAAGAAUGGGGUAAGAAAAACCCAUUUGAUUCUCAAAUUGCAAAAAGGAAGGAAUAAAUUUCUUUGGAAAAAUAAACUAAAUGAAGAUAACAGAGGGGUAUUUUUAAUAUUUUUUUUAUUGGACUUGAAGGCAUUUCAGUCAUACCGGUAAUUGACCAUUUAUGCCUCUCGAGCUGCACUUUGAUUUCGAAAAUAUAUUUAUAUAUAUAAACAUAUAUCUAUACAUACACAAACAUAUAUACCGGUAUACACUUAAUUUUUGUAAAGGGUAUGUUGUUUGGAUAAGUAACUAAACAAUUUAUCGAAGUAUAACGUCUUAAUGAUUUCAUGAUAUUAUUUUAUGAAAGUAAGCUUUUUAUAAAUUGUAAUUUUGUCAUUGGUAUGUUAGGUUGAAUAAAAGACUACUGGGUAGAUAAUUUUUUUCGGAAAUAGAAUGAUAUUAGUAUAACAAUAUUGUGUAUAUUAUAUACAAAAAGUUUCUUUAAUUCUAAUUGUCUAGUACAGGGCUAACAUUAUAAACAUGUACAUGUACAUGCAGUACAUGUAGGUCCAGUGUUAUGUAGAGGGACAAGGUUAUAUUCAAGCAAAUGUAAUUUUCUUCCCAGAAACAUUGGCAUGGAAGGGAAACUUA